UGCUCGCUGUCCUCUCUCGCCUCGCCGUCUUACCCCUGUCUGGAUGCCAGUAGCUGCUAGUCAUGGAGGAUGCAACAGUCACACACGAUGCAGAACCGUUAGUAACCAUACCUUUAACAUCAGCAUUACAAGAGGAAGAAGGGGAAAAGGUGGGGGUGUUCACCGCACCUUCAACAUCUGUAUUACAAGGAGAAGAAGGGGAAGACGUGAGGGUGUUAAGCGCACCUUCAACAUCUGUAUUACAAGAGGAAGAAGGGGAAAAAGUGCGGGUGUUCAGCGCACCUUCAGCAUCAGCAUUAGAAAAGGAAGAAGGGGAAGAAGUGGGGGUGCUCACCACAGACUCAGCAAUAGCAUUUCAAGGGAAGGAAGUGGGGCGGGUCACCACAGGAAGUGAAGAUAAUUGGGGGUCAAACAAAGCCUCUGCUGCGUUGGAACCAGUAGUGAUGCAGCCCGGCCUUGGCAUCACCAAAACCACCAUCACCACCAUCACUCAGACUGGAGGGGACUGGAGCACUGGCCUGCUUGAUGUCUGCAGAGACAAGACAACAUGUAUUCUCGGGGCUCUCGUGCCGUGCUGUUUAGACCUGAGUUUAGCUCACCAAUACGGGGAGUGUCUGUGCAUGCCUCUACUACCAGGAUCCACUUUUGCCAUACGAGUUGGGAUCAGAGAGCGCUACAAGAUACGGGGAAGUGUGUGUGAGGACUGGACUACAGUGUAUUGCUGUUACCCUCUGGCUGUAUGUCAGAUGAUAAGAGAAAUGAAGUGGAGGAUGAAGACUCAGACAUAUCAUGUGUCUACUACACUCGAAUGCUCCUAAAGAAACAGCAAAUGAGAUCUUUUUUCUUCUUUUUUUCAAUUUAUCAUAAAUGUGUGAAGAGCAGCAGAGAUUACUGGUAUGAACAAUAGGAUGAAUCAUUACUCUGAGGUUUGAACUUGCCCCCGAGGGCUUCUUGAAUAAUAAAAAACAAGCCUGUGAUACAAAUACUUAAAAGUGAUAGAAAAGGGAAAACUUAAAGUAAUGGCAUACAUUAAAGGUACAUCUGUAAGACGUGAACCAACACAGAUGAGUUUCUUGCCUUUGUUCAAUUGCAGAUAUUUUUUAAAUGUAGUUAGUUCAAAGAUCAUUAAAAGCCAUUAAAUCUGGAUUAGUGCAUAUAGAAUAAUGCAGAGCAGUUUUUUUCUAUGAAGGUAUUGGUCUGAUUAAUUAUAUUUGAAAGAUCGGCUUAACCAACUUUUUACUGCAGCAUUAAAUUCCAGCACUUAUAAUUCUUAAAUCAUCUAUAAUUUUGGUUUUAGAAACAGCCUGGGUUAACUUCUGUGACUGAGGUAACUGCGCGCCAUUUUACAUAAUGAAAAUUUAGAAAGACUCAAGUAAGUUUAGCUUUUUACAAUGCCUGUUACCUACACCACUGAAGCCGCUAUCACACAGACACUUUUAACAAACCAAUAACUAGAACACACGCAGAAACAAGAUGAGCUCCUUACAGUUAAAAAAAAAAAGGAUGUGUGAUUGCAUUAGGUAUUUGUACUUAAUAUUGGGAAACUUUAAUAAUUGAGAACAACAAAACACAUCAAAACAAACUAAAACACACAUUCAUUUAAAAAAACUAAAUAUAUUCCUUCUCUUUUCGUAAUCUCUUGUCAAAAUAUGCAGUUUUACUUUUUAAUAUUUUUUUUUAUAUAUAAGGGAAUUUUACUGUUUACCGGUGUUGGCACUAAGUACCAGCCCUGCACAGGUUGGCACAUAACAGAGUGAAUUUUUUUUUUUUUUUUUUGAUAAUGUAAUGUUUCCUCAUGUGGCCAUUCUGUUAGUGCAUAAUCAUGCCUGUCUAAACUGAAAGAUGAUUUUAUACAAGAUUAAUAUAAUGUUUGUAAUCAAUACAUUCAUUGACUAUAGUAAUAUAUUCUUACAUGUAACCAGUCUAGACUUUUAAACAUUGUUCCAGUGGUUGUUCUACUCACAACAAAGCUUAACUCUGUCUGCUAUGUUUUGUACCUUUUGCAAUUUCUUGAUGUAGUUUUAAACCUUAUUGCUGGGCAAUAAUGAGAUGAAAGCACAGACUCCAUAUAAAAGAUAUGUUUGAACAUGAAGUCACCCUCUGGUGAGUGCAGAAAAAUUGUGAAGCUUCAAACUGAGUGUUUUUUUUUUUUUGUGCUUUUACUGUCUGGGUGUUUUGAAACCAGAUAUGACUGAUGGUUGAUGUAAGUAUGUAAAAUGCAAUUUUACUGCAUUUUUUUUAAAGAAGAAAAGUCACAGUAUAACUUAAAAAAGAUGAAAAGGUGUUAUAUAUAGAUCAAUAGAAUGACAAAAAGCAGACUUGCUGCUUAUCAGUAGUGUCCACUGAUCCAGUGGGAGUGAGUGGUACAACCAGGAUGUAAAAGCUCACUAAUCUGAACAUAAGGAGUUGUGAAAGUAGUCACCAAAGUCUCACAGGAACACAGAACCAUUGCUCGGACAAAGGAAUAAUUAAUUUCAAUAACAGAGGUGUGAUGGAAUUAAAGCAUGAUCAUUUCCAUAUCAGAUGAAACACAAUGUAAUAAAGCUGGGCAAUGCUCUGCAGAUAAUAAAAACAGUAUCAUACAAGACAACCAUCAUGUUUUAUCAAACCCGAACACCUAAUCAAAUGUAACAGCCAGACCUCUGAGGGAGGGGAAACCUCAGGAUCAGAUGGGUGAAGGAUUGUCAUUCACUAUGGGAUCCUAACUGUUUGUUUGUUUGUUUGCAUAUUUAGUGGCAUAGAGUUAGGUGGCUCUGACUAAGAACCUUAAGAAUACUGCAAGCUUACUGACCAGCAACUUGCCAUUUAAAAAGU